UAAGCGUCUAAUGCAUAGGCAAAUCUCGUCGAGUUUCUGUGAAUACACAAGGUCGGCUUUAGUCGUAACAAAUUGAAUAUCAACAAAUAAUGAUAAAUUUAUCAUUCAGUCUUAUUCUAAAAUCGUAGACGUGAUGUUGUUUUGGUUAGUUUUAAUUUUUGUGUUGUGUUUUUUUGCCUAUUUUAGGCUAAAUCGAGUGCGACGAUUUGCUGAUAAGAUACCAGGAGAACAACCAUGGCCUAUAGCAGGAAACGCCUUAGAUAUUGGGACGGAUCAUACGAAAUUAUUACAAAAACUUAUGCAAUAUUUGGAUAAGUAUAAAUUUUCUCGAUUUGGUAUUUGGCUUGGGAUGGACUAUUUUGUGUUUUUAGUAGAACCUGAUGAUGUUGAGAUUAUUCUAAGCAAUACCACGAAUAUAACCAAAUCAAAAGAAUAUGACUUUCUGCACAAAUGGCUUGGAUCUGGUUUGUUAACUUCCACAGGCGAUAAAUGGCGACAUAGCCGAAAAAUCAUUACACCCACAUUCCAUUUUAAAAUUUUAGAGGAAUAUGCAGAGGUGAUGAACCGUUGUAGUGAUACUUUGGUUAAAAAAUUAGAAGAACAUGCGGAUGGUACUGUGACAGAUAUUCAUCAAUUUGUUUCUUUAUGUGCUUUGGAUGUUGUAACAGAAAGUGCCAUGGGCAUAAAAAUCAAUGCCCAAGAUCAACCAAACUCUGCAGUGGUAAAAUCAAUUUAUGACAUGUGUUAUAUUCUUAUGCAAAGAACAUUUAGUUCUUGGAAGCGAUUUGGAUUUCUCUAUAAAUUUUCCGACACGUUUAAACUUGAACAAAAGGCUUUGAAUAUUAUUUCUACAUUUAAUGAAAAAGUAAUUGUUGAGCGAUCGAAUAUAUUGCGAAACAAGAAAGGUAUUGAUAAUAAUGAACCGAAUGAUACUAAUAGCAAUAAUGAUGAUGAUAAAAUUUCUGGUAUGAAAAAAAGAACUGCAUUUCUUGAUAUGUUAUUGACUACCACCACGGAUGGAGAAAAUUUACCAGAUCAAAUGAUAAGGGAUGAAGUGGCUACCUUCAUGUUUGCAGGCCAUGACACUACAACUGCCGCAUUGGCAUUUGGUUUAUAUUGUUUGGCUAAUUAUCCUGAAGCACAGGAGAAGGCAUUUGCAGAACAAUUCGAAUUAUUCGGUAGUGAUAGAAAUAAGCAUCCCACAAGCCAGGAUUUCCAAAACAUGAAAUAUCUUGAUAGGUUCAUUAAAGAAGUCCUCAGAUUAUAUCCAAGUGUACCAAUGAUAGCCAGGAAAAUAGAAACUGAUACCAAUAUAAAUGGAGCAAUUGUACCGACAGGGGCUUAUGUAAUGAUUUUCAUAUAUGCUAUGAAUAGAAAUCCAAAAUAUUUUGAUGAUCCUGAACGUUUUGAUCCAGAUCGAUUCUUGCCCGAAAAUAGAACGAAUAAACAUCCUUAUGAAUAUCUGGCGUUUAGUGCGGGGCCAAGGAACUGCGUUGGACAAAAAUUCGCAUUAUUAGAGAUCAAGUCAGUGCUAUCAAAAGUUUUGCGCAACUUUGAGUUGCUAUCAGCUGGACCGGAAAAUGCAGUGAAGAUAUAUGAUGAGGUUACAAUGAAGUCCGUCAAUGGUGCCAAGAUUAAAAUUAAACUCCUUAUGAUGUUUUGUUUAAUUUUGGUUUUGAUUAUGGUUUUUACUGUGUACGUUUAUACAAGGAUUAACAGAGUUAGGAGGUAUGCAGAUAAGUUACCAGGAGAGACUCCUUGGCCUAUUGUUGGAAGCGCUUUUGAGGUUGGCACGGAUCCAGUCGAAUUUCUAAGAUGGCUCAUGGUCCUUUGGAACAAAUACAACCGCAAAUUAUUUGGAUUGUGGAUGGGCAUGGACUAUUUUGUUGUGCUCACCCAGCCAGACGACGUCGAGGUAAUAUUGAGCAGUACGACGCAUAUUACCAAAAUGAGGGACUACCAGUUUUUAGAACCGUGGCUGGGAAGUGGACUUCUCACAAGUUCGGGGAAUAAAUGGCGUCACAGCAGAAAAAUUAUUACACCCACAUUUCACUUCAAAAUUUUGGAGCAAUAUGCAGAAGUUUUCAAUCGGUGUAGUGAUAUCAUGAUCAAGAAACUUAGUGACAAAGCUGAUGGCAGAGUUGUUGACAUUUAUCAGUAUGUCACCUUAUGUGCUUUGGAUGCAGUUACAGAAAGCGCAAUGGGUAUCAAGAUAAAUGCUCAAGAUGAUCCAAGUUCCGAUAUAGUGCGGUCUAUUUAUGACGUAUGUUACGUCAUGAUGCAACGCGGUUUCAGCGCCUGGAAGAGAUUUGAGGCCUUGUUCAGAUUAUCUGUAUGCUACAGAUUGCAGAAAAAAGCUUUAAGCAUCAUAUUUUCUUUCAAUGAUAAAGUUAUCUUAAAUCGUGCUCAAUUAAUCCGAGAAAAUCCUCAUCUUAUUACUGAACACGUAGUUGAAAAUGAUGGAUCAAAAACCAAAAAGAAAACUGCUUUCUUGGAUAUGUUACUGACUACAACAAUUGAAGGAAAGAAUUUGCCGGAUAAAAUGAUUAGGGAUGAAGUGGCCACAUUUAUGUUCGAGGGACAUGACACCACAACGGCGGCACUAGCAUUUGGUUUAUACUGUUUUGCGAAAAAUCCUGAAGUACAGCAAAAAGCUUUAGAAGAACAAAUUGCCAUAUUUGGAACCGAUAAACACCAACACCCAUCAUACAAAGACUUCAACGACAUGAAGUAUUUAGAUAGAUUCAUAAAAGAAACUUUAAGAUUGUAUCCAAGUGUUCCAAUUAUCGGAAGAUUAGCAGAAGAAGAUAUCGAUUUAAAUGGAAAACUCAUACCAGCAGGUGCCGAUCUAGUUAUUUUGAUAUAUGCAAUGAACAGAAAUCCUGAUAUCUAUGAAAAUCCUGAACACUUUGAUCCUGACAGAUUUUUACCAGAAAACAGAACUAAUAAACAUCCAUAUGAAUAUGUAUCUUUUAGUGCAGGACCUAGAAAUUGCAUAGGGCAAAAAUUCGCAAUGCUAGAAUUAAAAUCAGUAUUUUCAAAAAUGUUAAGAAACUAUGAAAUACUACCAGCUGGUCCUGAAAAUGAACCCAUAGUAUAUGCAGAGGUUACACUGAAGUCCAAGAAUGGAGUUUCUGUAAGAUUAAGCCCAAGAAAAUUAUGA